AUAGCUACAGUGCAAGGCGUGUGUGGGGUGUACGUGUCUACAGCAGCGGUCACGGCCAGCGGCUUCUCUCCGCCAGCCCCUACGGGACAGCCGGGGCCGGGCGGCGGCUGCCUGGGGCGGUGGCGGCGAAGUGAACCGCGCCCCGCCGCGUCCCUGUCCCCGCCAGGGACGAAAAGAGGCAGCAGGGGAGGGGACGAGCGGGGCCGGGAGGGGAGAGGCGGCGGCGGAGGCACGGGAGGAGCCGGCCCGGCCCCGGCAGCGGGCGGGGAGGCGGCGGGGGCGCGGGCCGUGCCUGGCACCUGCGCGGCGGGCGGGGCAGGCCCCGGGGCCGUGCUGAGCGCGGGGCGCGGCCCGGCCCGGCCCCUGCCGUCUGUCCGGGGCCGAGCGGCGGCGGCGGCGCAACAGGUUAACGGAGCACAGCGGAGCACAGCGGUGCUCAGCCCGCCCGAGCCCAUGGCCGGCCGCGGCCCCGGCGGCGAGCAGGGCUACAUCCGCACCGUGCUGGGCCAGCAGAUCCUGGGGGAGCUGGACAGCUCCAGCCUGGCGCUGCCCUCCGAGGCCGGGCUCAAGCUGUCGGGCGGGCGAGGCGGCGAGGAGAAGGCGCUGCGGAUCCAGCGGCAGGUCCAGCAGACGCUGGCCAGGAGGAGCCGAGGCUCGCUGCACAAUGGUAGUUUACACCGUGCUUCCAGUGUUCCGGAACGUGUUUAUAACAUGGGGAUUACUGAAAAUGAUUUUGCAUCAAGAUCUCAGUAUGGUGUCUCUUACUACCAGUCAAACCAGGUGGCCUCACAAUCCUCUUAUACAAAUGGCUGGGGGACAAGAGUUACUUACAAGACAAUGGAAGAGAGAGGUCAAAGACAACCCCUGAAGAGAUUAGAGGUUUCACCCCAGCGGGGUCCUGAAAGAUUUUCAUAUGUGUCCAAUGAUUUUCACUAUGACAGACGGUUUUCAACUGGAUUCUCUUCAAGGCACGAAGAUAAUAGGAGACCCAGCGGGACUGUCCCACCAAGAUAUGCUCGGUCUGAGAUUGUUGGUUACACUCUUCGUGAUUCAGUGAACAGGGGACGCUCUUUUAAAAGACACCCCCAGAUGGUGGCUGUUAAUGACACCAUGCUUGAUGGUGUCCCCCCUAGCCCUUCUGCACUUCUGUACCAUCAAGCAGGCAACAGUCGCAGUAUGACCAACCUUUUAGAGAAAGAGAACUACCUGACAUCAGGCAGUGCAAUGGGACAAGUAAGAUCACCAACUGCUUCCCAUUUGGGGUCUCAGAACAGGCAAUCUUUUAGGUCCAGCUGGCACCAAACUACUUUCAGAAACACACAGACCAGGAGGGAUGCUUCCCAGCCAGCUUCAGUAACCGGUGUUGCUGCAGAAACAGAUGGAAAGAGGAUGACACUGACAGCUGCUAUGGCAGCAGCAGGGAGAAAUGGUUUCCUGCAGAAUGAACAAGUCACCAUCAAUGGAUCUCAGCUAGGGAGCCCAGAAGGGGAGAUGACCCUGGAACAUGCAGUGAGCAUAUUGAAGAGUGAAAAUACACAGUCAAUACCUAGGAUUCUUGCUGCAGUGACCUUCAUACAGCAUGAGUGUUUCCAGAAAGCAGAAGCCAGAAGAAAAGUUUUCUCACUUGGUGGUAUCCCCAGACUUUUGCAGCUUCUUGACGUUCAGAAUGAGGACAUUCAGCGUGCAGCAUGCGGUGCUUUGAGAAACUUGGUGUUUGAGGACAAUGACAACAAACUGGAAGUGUCAGAGCAGAAAGGGAUCCCAGUCUUGCUCCGUUUACUUCAAUACACCAAGGAUGUGGAAACUAAAAAGCAAAUAACAGGUUUAUUGUGGAAUUUGUCCUCCAAUGAUCAGCUGAAGCAUCUGUUGGUUAAAGAAGCCCUUCAGACCUUGACGGAAGCUGUUCUCAUCCCUUGUUCUGGCUGGCCAGAUCGAGAUUACCCAAAGUCAAGUGUUCUGUCUGACCCUGAUAUCUUCUACAAUGCCACAGGAUGCCUGAGAAACAUGAGCUCUGCUGGCCCAGAAGGAAGGCAAAGGAUGAGAGACUGUGACGGCUUGAUUGAUUCUCUUGUGUAUUACAUUCAAGGAGCUAUUGCAGACCACGAGCCUAAUGACAAGGCCACAGAGAAUUGUGUGUGCAUUCUUCACAAUCUUUCCUACCAACUAGAGGUAGAGCUCCCUGAGAGCUAUGCCCAGAGCAUCUAUAUGCAAAGAAGAAAUAUCCCUACCCAUGACAGAACACCCGGCUGUUUUGGAACACGGAGCAGAAAAGUGAAAGAGAAGCAGCAGGACACCCCACUACCUGAGGAAAGGAGCAAUCCCAGGGGUGUGGAAUCGCUCUGGCAUUCGACACUGAUUAGGAUAUAUCUCUCUUUAAUAGCAAAGAGUACCAGAAACUAUACCCAGGAAGCAUCUCUGGGAGCUCUUCAGAACCUCACAGCUGGCACUGGACCAAUGCCAUUUGCAGUGGCUCAGACUGUUGUUCGGAAAGCAAAUGGCCUUCCAAGUAUUCGAACUAUGCUGCAUGUAAGCCACCCGGCAGUAAAGAAGACAGCAGUAUCACUGCUCAGGAACUUGUCUCGCAACACCUCUCUGCAAAAUGAUAUAGCUAGAGAAGUUUUGCCUGAUUUGGUCUCGAUACUUCCUGAGUCUGUCCCAGGGUCUGAUAUUGCCUGUGAAACCACAGCUUCCAUCUGCUACACCUUGUAUAAUUUGACACAGAACAGUUCUCACAACGCACGGCUUCUCCUGAAUGCUGAUGGUAUACCGAAGAUCAUUACGAUUAGCAUGAACGACAGUAACAUGUUCAGCAAAGCUAGUAAGGCUGCUUCGGUCCUCCUCUGCUCCUUGUGGUCACAUACUGAUCUCCACAAUGCUUACAAAAAGGCUGACUUUAAGAAGACAGAUUUCAUCAAUACCCGGACCAUGAAAGCCUAUAACUCACUAAAAGACUGAGUCAAGUCAUAACACGACUGAAGAUAAAGGAGAUAGUACAUCAAUUAAUGUAACUAUCUUCAUCUGGUUGGUGUUGCUAUCACAAACCAGGAAGUAUCUCAGAAAAAAAGAGGCUGACUGUAGACUUCAGUGGCCUGUGAUAGCUGACCUGUGUUUUUAAUUCUAAUCACACUGUCACUGUGUAUAUCAAUGUAUAAAUAACCAAAGAUGGAUUCUUCAAGACAGCUGAGGUGAAGUUUCAUUUAGGUUUACCAUUUUUCAGAGUUUCAGAUUGCCUUUAGUAUAACAGGCAUUUAUACAGAGAGGUUUGAAAUGCUGAUUGGCAGCAAAUUAUUUUCAGAUUGUUUUAUACAAAUAGUUUUCUACUGUGGGUAAGCAUCAAGUGCACUGCUCAGGACAUAGUAUUUUUUCACCUGUUUUUUUCUUCACAUAAGAAUUUCCAGACCGUGAGUAUGCACAAGAAGCUGUUUCACCACCUGCACUGUAAAAGCACCAAGGCAGUUAAAAUGACUAUUUUUAUAUUACUUAUAUUCAUGUGCUCACUGGUUCUUAAACCUCUUUCCUUUGAGAUAUCAUCAGCAAAAGAAACAAACUUGAUUUUACAUAUGUCUCCUUAUUCCUGGCUCUCCUCAUCCUUGCUCACGUCGCUGUUGGAAUUGAUAACUCUGUCCAGAAAGGGUUUUCUCUAGAAGCAAUAUGUCAGCCACUUUGGGUUGAACUUAGAUCCAUCAUUCUUUGCUAAUUGUUGGAAGAGUUAGUUGCUGGUGAUUCAGUGAUUAUUUUAAGAAAAAUCACAUUUUCAAACCAAUUCUGUUGAUUAAAUAUAGUAAAGGGAGUGGAGUUGUGUCUUUAUUUUUGAAGAAAUAGAUAUGUAUACGCAAGAUUAGGAUAAUUGCUGCUUGAGGAAUUCAUCUGAUCAUAUUCUUUUAGUUGAAAUCAUCAUCCUCCCUACAGCAAAUACCUGCAGUGUGAUAACUGACGGACUAUGUCUGCACAUGUGGAAAUAGGUAACAGGAGGAGACAAAUUCCUAAACACCUGAAGGCUGUUCCCAUUAUGUGAUCCUAGGAGAGGAAAAAGAAGCAUUAAAAAUCCCUGUCUGAUGCCUUUAGUGAGCAAGACUUAUCUCAACAAACCAGCAGUUAAAUUGUCCAUUAAGCCAAUUGGACAUGAAUAUGUAAAUAUGUAAAGCUCUGUGUAUUGGAUUAUGAGUUGACAUGAUCUGGCAUUACUCUGCUAAUCAGAGGAGCUAAGCGACGUUUAUGGCAACCAAAACUUUGGCAUAUUCAUUCACAGCCCUUCCUGCAAUAAAGGAAUCUGUACUGUGCCCCCACCCUGAACUGCUGGCACAGCAGCUACCACAGCUCUCCUUGCCCAGAAGGGUAUGGCUAAUCCUUUAAGCAGAGACCUCACAGAGGAGAGCAUCAACCCCAUUCAUUUCAACAGUUCUGGCCAAAGGUUUAGCUCCCAGAAGAAAUGUACAGCCAGACUGUGACAUUGUACCAUGUCCAAACAUAUUUCUGGAUAUUAGGGAGCUAAAUUCUGCUUGUAGAUGCAUAGUUCUGCUAGAGUCCCCAGGAAGUCACACACCUGCAUGCAGAACAAAAUGUGUCCUAGAAGUUAAACAAACAACCCUGUUUUCCUAGCACAGGUCAUUUUCAUAGGUCUGUUGGCCCUUCACAUUUGCUUUGAAUAAUACAAAUCCAAUGCAUUCCAGUAGGAGGUUUGAAAAAUACUAUUGUUUUUUAAAAGGUCAUUUUAAAAAUACACCAGGUCCAAAAACAACAUAGGGGAGGGGAAUUUAUAGUACGUCAUGUUGAGAAAAAUAUUUUUAUAUAUUUUAAAAUAUGACAGAAAACAGACAAUUAAAAUCUAACUUUAUCUCCUAACUUGUUAACCCCAAUAAUGCUGCAUACACCACGAAUGAAUAAAGAGCAAGAAGCCUGAAUAAGUUUACUUUCCAUGCAUAAAAGUAGUGGUAGUGCAAGUUAACAUACAGAAAGCAAACUACAGACACAGAAGCACAGGAAUGAAGAACUGCAGUCUAAAGAUCAGGGAGAGGGCUGUUAGAAAUAGUCAAGCACUGGUUUACUUCUGUUAAACUCACACUCAGUUAAAAAGAAGACACACCAAUGUUGGGCAUCUUUAGGCAUUCUAGUUAGUCUAACUCCCAGUAAGAGAUAACUAAGAAUAGGGUGCAAACUUUUUGAGUUGUUUCUACAGAUAGUGUCUCUUUAAAAUCACAGUGGUGUUCAAAAGUCGCAGAGAGGAAUGUCAGGCCUGGCAACAACUGAAAGCUAUAAACAUGGAUGAGAAACAAUGACACGCCUUAUUACAACUGAUCUCCUACUUGUAUGUAAUCAAAAACAUUUCAGCAGGAUUCCAAAGAAAGCAACGAAUGUUAGAGAAAUAAUAAAGUGUUCUCUCUAACACACACACACAAAAAAAAA